AUGCACCCUGUGGCGCUGCCGCUGGCUCUGUGCACCCUGGGUGUCAUCGCAGGGCAGCUGGGAGCUUCCUUCGAGUUAUUGGUUGAGCCGGCGGUGCUGGUGGUGGAAUACGGUGGAUCGGUCCGGUUGAAGUUGAAGACAACGUGCCAGGAUCCCAAAGCAACCGGCAACGUAGAGACGUCAAUUCUGAAGCGGUUGGUGACAACAGGGCCAGGGGAGACGGUGGUGGAGCUGCUCAACGUCACCGUGUGGAAAUCCAGCAUCCUCUGCUUCUAUAUGUGCAACCAGAAGAGGGUGACGGUGCCCGUCAACCUCACCGCCUACCGUGAACCAAAGCCAGCGGCGCUGGAGUCAAUACCGCAGCUGGAGGGGGGUAAGAGACAAGAGCUGGCAUGCAACAUAUACGACGUCGCACCGAUCCAGAACCUGACGGUGAUCCUGUGGCGGGGCAGCGAGGUGCUGCACACCGAAACCUUCAAGCAGCACAGCCAAGAUGACCCGGUGACGGUGCGGGUGACCCACGUGCUGACGGCACAGCGCCAAGACAACGGGCAGAACAUCACCUGCCAGGCACUGCUCAACCUGGCACCCUACGGCCCGCAAUUCAACACCACCUCAGAGCCGCAGACAUUGAACGUAUACGAAUUCCCUAAGGAUCUCAAGCUGGAGCCUGACAUCUACCUGGAGACCGGCGAGACGGUGAACACCAGCUGCGCCGUUGAUCGCGUCUUCCCAGCGGCAGAGUUCAAGCUGGAGCUUACCAACCGUACCCUGACGCUCUCCACCAGCCAGGACGGGCUCCAGGCCACCGCCGAGGUGUCCCACAGCCAGCCGGGGAACUUUAAGCUGGUUUGCACCGUGACGGUGGGAGACAUAGAGCAGCGGAAGGAGGCGACCGUCCACGUCUACCGUUUCCCUUCGCCGCAGCUGAAUGUCAGCACCACCAGCCCAGCAGCCGGCACGGCGGUGACAGUGGGCUGUGCUUUGCCGCGUGACCACUCUGCCGAACUCCGGCUGCGGAUCUGGGCCGGCGAGCGUGAGUUGGCAGGGUGGGGACCGUCCCCGCUGCUCUUCAACCUGAUGAUGCGGGAGGAAGACGAUGGGAUGGAGCUGAGCUGUGAUGCCAAGCUACCCGUCCGUGACAAAGCCCUGAAGACGAGCACACCCAUCCGGCUCACCGUCACCGCUGGACCCCGGAUGGACGAUGGGAGCUGCCCCCCCAGCCAGAACUGGACGGAGGGGCGGGAUGAGACCCUGCGCUGCUCCGCACAGGGCAAGCCCUCGCCCAGCGUGGAGUGCACCAAGGACGGCGAAACCUUCCCCACCGGGGUGCCGCAGCCGGUCACCCGUGCCCACGCCGGCAUCUACCAGUGCUGGGCCACCAACCCGCUGGGUACAGCCGUCCGGAACGUCACCGUGUGGGUGGACUACCAUGACCCCGACGUGGUGCUCCUGGUGCUGCUGCCAGUGGUGGUGCUGGCCGCCCUGAUCACCGGCGGGAUGGGCUACCGCAUUUACUACCGCAAGAAGAAAAUCCGGGAGUACCGGCUGCAGGAGCGGCAGAGGCAGCUGGAGAUGGAGCAGUGGCGGACAGCGGGCUGCUCGGAGGAGACGGCCGCGCUCAAUGGGGCCGCCCGGGGCACGUUCACGGUGGGGGCCUGGCCACGGGUGGCCGUGGUGCCCUUCGGGGGCUCGGUGGCCAUCAACUGCAGCCGCAGCGCCUGCCUGGGGGGCAACGCCACGCUGGGGCUGGAGACCCCCCUGACCGUGGAUGUGGGGGCCGGCGGGCGCCGCUGGCAAAGCUUUCGGCUCCUCAAUGUCUCCCAGUGGAGCCCCGGCACUGCCACGUGCUACGGGCGCUGCAGUGACACCCAAGUCAACGCCAGCACCAGCAUCCUCGUCUACCGGUUGCCGGAGCGGGUGGUGCUGGAGCCGGUGCCGGCCAUGGCGGUGGGUGACAGCCGUAACCUGACGUGCCGGGUGGUGGAGGUGGCUCCGGUGGGGAACCUGACAGUGACGUUGCGCCGAGGUGCCGAAACUCUGCGGACGGAAAGUUUCGGUGCCGCCGAGGGCAGUGCCAGCGUGGCCGUCAGUCACCUGCUGACCGCCAGCCCCGGGGACCACGGGCAGGACGUCACCUGCCACGCCGAGCUGUCCCUGCGGCCCCACGGGCCGCUCUUCGCCCGCGCCGCCGUCCCUGUCAAGCUGUCGGUAUUCGCUCUUCCCGAGCCGCCCCAGCUCUGGGCUCCUGCCCACAUUGAAGCCGGCACCACCGCCAACGCCAGCUGCCGGAUCGCCGGCGCCUUCCCUGCCGGAGAUGUCCGCUUCACCAUCACCCUGGCAGAGCAGAGCCUAAACUUCUCCGUGGCAGCGGCCGGGGAUGUGCUGACCGCCGUCACCGUGCUCUCACCCGGCACCCCGGGGUGGCAGGAGCUGACCUGCACUGCAGCAGUGGCAACGGCGGCACGGAUGGCACGGAGGCAGCUCCACAUCUACCGCAGUGAGGUGAUGGUGGUGUGCCGUGCCGGCGUCGCCGAACCCCCUGCCAUCCGGCUGCAGCUCCGUGAUGCCGACGGCGGGGUCCUGGCCGAGGGGCCGCAGUCCCAGCUGGAGCUGCGGUUGGUGGCCCGGCGGGAGGACGACGGGCGGCAAUUCGGGUGCCGGGCCAGCCUGGCCAUCGGCGAUGGCGUGGUGACAAAGGACGCGGAUGCCCGGCUCGCUGUGCUCUACAUGCCCGAAAUGGCGGCAAGCGACUGCCCCAGCAACCGCACGUGGCUGCGGGGGACACGGGAAGUGCUGUCCUGCCGUGCCGCCGGCAACCCCGUGCCCACCGUCGUCUGCAGCAGGAAUGGCGUCGCCAUCAGCACCGGGGAGCUGGAGUUGGUCACCCGUUCGCGAGCCGGCACCUACCUCUGCAAUGCCACCAACAGCCUGGGGACACGGAGCCGGCUGGUCACCGUCCGCGUGGAGUAUGAGCCCACCCUGACGGAGAGGGGCUGCCCGGCCCACCGCACCUGGGUGGAGGGGGAGCGGCGGGAGCUUGCGUGCCGCGCCGACGGGGACCCCCCGCCCAGCACCCGCUGUGCCCGUGACGGCGGUGCCACCCGUGCCCGGGGAAGCCGGGCCGUCAGUCGGGCCGAUGCCGGCCGCUACAUCUGCCGAGCCACCAACAAGCACGGCUCGGCCGUCCGCAGCGUCGUCGUCACCGUCGAGUACGAGCCGAGCAUCGGCGAGACGGGCUGCCCGGCACAGCGGCUCUGGGUGGAGGGGACGCCGGCGGAGCUGGCCUGUGCCGCCAGCGGGAACCCCCCACCCCGCGUCGCCUGCGCCAAGCUGGGGGAUGGCCAGGACCCCCCCCCGGCAAGCCCCAACGUCACCCGUGCCCACGCCGGCACCUACCAGUGCCAGGCCACCAACACCCACGGCUCUGCCCUCCGCAACGUCACCGUCGCUGUUGAGUACAGCCCUGUGGCAGUGAGCCUGCGCGUGCUGCCCUCCGCCAACGUCUCGCGCGGCGCCAGCUUCAGCGUGGAGUGCCGCGCCGAGGGGCUGCCCACCCCCACCUACGGGUGGGCGCUGCCCCCCGCCAACAACCUCCGCUUCGCCGCCGAUAACCGCUCGGUCGCCGUAGCCGGUGCCGCCGCCGCCAACCGGGGUCUUUACACCUGCACCGCGACCAACAGGCACGGCCGGCGAGCCGGCAGCGUGAUGGUCCAGGUGGACGAGAGCCGGCUGGCGCUGGUGGCCUCGCUGGGCUCCUUGGGUGCCGUCACCGCGGUGGGUUUGGCGGCCGCCGGCGGUUAUUACCUGAAGUCGACGGCGUGUAAGAAGGGAGAAUACAAUGUGCGGGAUGCCGAGGGCUCCUCCGAAGCCGCCUGCCUGCACCGGCAACGGCACGACCGCGGCGAGAUUUACGGCAUCCAGCUCACCCAGCCGUAA